AUGGCAACAACUAAGAAACUAGUAGUAGAAGUAGUAGACGCCAAAGAUCUCACACCAAAAGAUGGCCACGGAACGUCAAGUCCCUACGUUGUCGUCGACUACUACGGCCAGAGACGACGGACACGUACCAUAGUCCGCGACUUAAACCCUGUUUGGAACGAGACGCUCGAGUUCAGUCUCGCAAAGCGACCUUCUCAUCAGGUCUUCACCGAUUUUCUUGAGGUUGACAUGUACCAUGACAAGAACUUUGGACCCACCCGGAGGAACAACUUUCUCGGUAGGAUCCGACUUGGUUCUGAUCAGUUUGUUGGUAAAGGAGAGGAGGCUCUGAUAUACUAUCCUUUGGAGAAGAAGAGUUUGUUUACUCUUGUGCAGGGUGAGAUUGGGAUUAGGAUUUACUACGCCGAUGAGAUACCUCCUCCUGCUUCCAAACCGGCGGUAGCUCCUCUUGAGCCGGUGGUUGAGGAAAAGGCGGAGGAAGUGGCGGCGGAAGCUUCUAACGAGUCUCAGCCACUACCAGAGACUAAAGACAGUCCUGCUGAAGUGAAAGACACGGCGGAACCACCACCGCCGGAGAAUUUGCCAGCCGAGGGUCCCAAGCCAAACGAAGAGGAUUCACCGGCGUCACAGGAAAAUGCUACAGCUGGUGGAGGAGAUCAAGAGACGCCUGAAUCGAAUCCCCCACCGGGAGCAGUAAAGAAUGAAGCGGAGGGAACACCGAAAUUACCGGCGGAAGAGCCACCGCAGAAUCAACCGGACGGUGAAAAUAUUGUGCUUGAGUCUGGAGAUGCGGCGAACUGGAUUCCUCCGCCGCGAUCACCGUUGCCGGAAGUUACUAUUUCGAGAUCUGUAUCCGGUUCCAUACCAGAAACUAAUAUCGGAGGAAUCGGAGGACCGCAACCACUUCGGAGAAGCGUAUCAGAAACCGCGAGUUACACAUCAGAAAUCUCCGACGUAUCGACGAUCGAGCGAUCCGCGUUUGAUUUGGUGGAGAAAAUGCAUUACGUCUUCGUCCGCGUUGUGAAGGCUCGGUUGCUACCAACCUCCGGAAGUCCAAUUACAAAAAUCUCACUCUCCGGCACAAUGAUCCAAUCAAAACCCGCCAGAAAAACCUCUACUUUCGAGUGGGAUCAAACCUUCGCCUUCCUCCGAGACUCGCCGGAUUUAUCUUCCUCUCCAAUUCUGGAGAUCUCCGUGUGGGAUUCACCGACGGGAACCGACACUAGCCAUUUCCUCGGUGGAAUUUGCUUCGACGUAUCGGAAAUUCCACUCCGAGACCCGCCGGAUAGUCCACUGGCGCCGCAAUGGUACCGUCUCGAAGGAGGUGGAGCUCACCACGGCGAUCUAAUGCUUGCCACGUGGACAGGAACCCAAGCGGACGAAUCAUUUCCGGACGCGUGGAAGACCGACACCGCCGGAAAUGUAACAGCCCGAGCGAAGGUCUACAUGUCGCCGAAGCUGUGGUAUCUUCGCGCCACUGUGAUCGAAGCCCAAGACUUGUUACCGCCUCAGCUAACGGCGUUCAAAGAGGCCUCGUUUCAAUUGAAAGCCCAAUUAGGUUUCCAAGUUCAGAAAACCAAAUCGGCCGUUACUCGUAACGGUGCGCCGUCAUGGAACGAAGAACUACUCUUCGUAGCCGCCGAGCCUUUCGCCGACCAGCUUGUUUUCACAUUGGAGUAUCGUACAUCGAAAGGACCGGUCACCGUCGGGAUGGCUCGUGUGCCGCUCACCGCAAUCGAGAGGCGCGUCGACGAGCGUUUGGUUGCCUCCAGAUGGUUCGGUUUCGAUGAUCCAAACGACGAGAAGAGAGGAAACAGAUCGAGAGUACACCUGAGGCUCUGCUUCGACGGCGGUUAUCACGUGAUGGACGAGGCAGCUCACGUGUGCAGCGAUUACCGACCUACGGCGAGGCAGCUAUGGAAACCGGCGGUAGGAAUCGUCGAGCUCGGUGUAAUCAGUUGUAAGAAUCUGUUACCGAUGAAGACGGUGAACGGGAAAGGAUCGACGGACGCGUACACGGUGGCGAAAUACGGAACGAAAUGGGUCCGUACCCGAACCGUAUCGGAUUCUCUAGAUCCGAAAUGGAAUGAGCAGUACACGUGGAAAGUAUACGAUCCGUGUACGGUUCUGACGAUUGGAGUGUUCGAUAGCUGGGGAGUUUAUGAAAUUGACGGUGGGAAAGAAGCCACGCGUCAAGAUCUGCGAAUCGGAAAAGUUCGUAUACGUAUAUCCACGUUGGAAACGGGUAAGGCAUAUAGAAAUACGUAUCCACUGCUGAUGUUAGUUAACGGCGGCGUUAAAAAAUUGGGAGAGAUAGAAUUGGCCGUUAGAUUCGUAAGAUCAGCUCCACCGUUGGAUUUCUUACACGUGUACAGUCAACCGUUGUUGCCUUUGAUGCACCACAUCAAACCGUUGACUCUGUUUCAGGAAGAUAUGUUGAGGAACACUGCAGUGAAGAUUUUGGCCGUACACUUGUCACGAUCUGAGCCGCCUUUAAAGCCUGAAAUUGUUCGGUAUAUGCUCGACGCCGAUACGCACACUUUCAGUAUGCGUAAAGUUCGAGCGAAUUGGCUCCGGAUUGUCAAUGUCGUCGCCGGAAUACUCGACGUGGUGCGAUGGGUGGAUGACACGCGUUUCUGGAAGAAUCCGACAGCGACUCUCCUAGUUCACGUCCUUGUCGUGAUGCUGAUUUGGUUCCCGGAUCUAAUAUUUCCGACAUUAGCGUUUUACUUGUUCGUGAUCGGCGCGUGGAACUACAGGUUCAGGUCACGUGCUGCUCUCCCGCAUUUCGAUCCAAAACUCUCGCUGGCUGAUGCAGCCGAUAGAGACGAGCUUGACGAGGAGUUCGACGUCGUCCCGAGCAACCGGCCGCCGGAGAUGGUCCGGUUGAGAUACGAUAAGCUGCGAGCGGUCGGAGCUCGUGUUCAGACGAUUCUCGGUGAGGUGGCGGCGCAAGGGGAGAAGAUGCAGGCUUUGGUGACGUGGCGGGAUCCGAGAGCUACUGGUAUAUUCGUGGGGCUGUGUUUGGUGGUGGCGUUGGUGUUGUACCUCGUGCCCACGAAGAUGGUGGCGAUGGCUUCCGGGUUUUAUUACUUCCGUCAUCCGAUUUUCCGUGAUCGGAAACCUUCCCCGAUGUUGAACUUCUUCCGGCGACUACCUUCGUUAUCUGAUCGGCUCAUGUGA